AUGGGGACGGUGGAGGAGAGGCUGGGGGAGAUGAGGGAGGCCUUCAGAAGCGGGAAGACGAAGUGCGAGAAAUGGAGGAGGUCCCAGCUGAUGGCUCUGCUGGCGCUGGUCAGGGAGGAGGAGGAGGGCAUCUUCUCUGCCCUCAACAGAGACCUUGGCAAGCACCGGGCCGAGGCCUUCCGCGACGAGGUCUCCCCAUCUUUCUUCUCCCCCCGCCGCAGAAGCUUUCUCUCCUCCGCCAUGGCCUCUAAAAGAUUUCUUUUCCUGCAGGUUGGGGUUCUGAUUAAAUCCAUCAACUUCGCGCUGAGCAGCCUUAAGCAGUGGAUGGCUCCGAAGAGUGUGAGUUCCUUCUGUCUUCCCUUCUUCCUUUUUCUGUUCUCUCCUUCAGCCACCGAGACGCUGCUCAUGGCCGUCUUCUUCAGGUGAAGGUCCCCCUCGUCUCCUUCCCCUCAUCCGCCACCGUCGUACCAGAGCCGCUCGGAGUAGUGUUGCUGUUCUCCUCCUGGAACUUCCCCAUUGGUAAGUAGUCUUGAGUUUGAUGGCCCGCUUCUUCUUCUCGCCAUUAACGGCGGUGGCGGCGGCGGUGAUUGUCCAGGGUUGGCGCUGGAGCCGAUCAUCGGCGCCUUCUCUGCCGGAAACGUGGUGGCGCUGAAGCCGUCGGAGCUUGCUCCCUCCUCCGCUGAGUUUCUAGCGGAGGCCAUUCCCAGGUACCUCGACGGCGCCGCCGUGAAGGUCUUCCUCGGCGGGCCCUCCGUGGGCUCGCAGCUCCUGGAGCAGCGAUGGGAUAAGAUCUUGUUCACCGGUAAGACAGAUCUUGUUCUGUUCUUCCAGCGGCCUUCUUCUGGACUGCUCAUCCUGCUCGCUGGCGGCGCCGUCGCCUCACAGGGAGCCCGCGGGUGGGACGCGUCGUCAUGGCCGCAGCGGCGGAGCACCUGACUCCGGUCAUCCUCGAGCUGGGCGGGAAGUGCCCAGCCAUCGUUGACUCCAUCGGUUCGAGCGAACAGAAGGUAUACCGCUCUAUUUGACCGCACCCACGUGGAGUGGACAUUUUUAGAAAAGACCCUACAUAUCCCCUAUAAACCCCCUUUAUUGAUGACUUACCUAUCUUCUGCCCUGUUUUGACAAUAAUAUUCUAAAAUGGUUUCAGCAUUUUUCUGCGACAGAAAUAUCAUCCAAAAAGAAAUAUAAUAUUAUCAUAUUCUGAUCCAGGUGGCGGCAAAACGACUGGUUGCCGGAAAGUGGGGCCCCUGUUGCGGACAAGCUUGCGUGGGAAUUGACUAUAUCCUCGUGGAAAGACAAUUUGCCUCCACUCUGGUAGGAGGUCAAAGUCGUCAUUUCGCAUUCAUAAUUUUCAAUUUAUUUUUUUUAUUUACGAGUCGCUUUUUUAAAAAAUACCAUUAAUUUGCUUUUAAAUAUUAGAUUGACAUGCUGCGGAGAACGGUCAAGAGUUUGUACGGAGAUUCUAGAAACCUCUCGAGAAUCGUCAAUCGGCAGCACUUCAUGAGGCUGGAAGGCCUUCUGAAGGACCCCUCCGUUUCCGCUUCCGUCGUUCACGGUGGCCGCUUCGACAGCGACAAUCUGUGAGUCUUCCGCCCUCUUUUUGUUCUUCGAUUCGAAGAUACCGUUGAAUAUUUUUCAGUUGAGGAUAAUAGUUCGUUUAAUUCGUGAAGGAAAAUCGAACCGACGAUCUUGCUGGAUCCCCCGCUGGACUCCGAGAUCAUGACCGAAGAAGUCUUCGGUCCUCUCCUUCCCAUAAUCACGGUAGGCCGGGGGUUUUUCUUGUGAUCAGCAUUCUUCAUCACAGAAUCCGAAUCCUAUUUUCCAUUGCGAACUAUAUUUUCUAUUUUCUGUUCUUCAUGUAGCUGGAGAAGAUCGGAGACAGCAUCGCGUUCGUGAGGGACAGGCCGAAGCCGCUGGCCAUCUACGUCUUCUCCAACGACGAGGCCCUGAAGAAACGAGUUGUGGCCGAGACCUCCUCCGGAAGCGUCACCUUCAAUGACACCAUGAUCCAAGUAAGUCUCCUCCUCCACAGAUCAAACAAAUACCUGAAAGAUCAUAAACCUUCUCUCUCUCUCUCUCUCUCUCUCUCUCUCUCUCUCUCUCUCAUCUGUAUUGGAAUUGACGUGGUUUUGGGGUGGUGGCACCGCCGGUGGCCGGAGAAGUUCGCCGUGGACACGCUGCCCUUCGGCGGGGUGGGGGGGAGCGGCUUCGGGAGGUACCACGGGAAGUUCUCAUUCGACGCCUUCAGUCACGAGAAGGCGGUGAUGAGGAGGCAGUUCCUCCUGGAUUUCCCCCUCCGGUACCCUCCAUGGAACGAGACCAAGCUCAGGUUCCUCAGGGACGUCUUCCACUUCGACUACUUCGGCCUUCUGCUCGUCAUGAUGGGCCUCAAGAAAUGA